AAGGGUUAUGUGCAGAGGCCCCGCCCCUUCCUCCUCCUCUGCUGCACACGGAAGUGCUGGGCUCAGAAACUAGUCAGCUGCUAAUGGUGCAUGUUGUUGUAUCGCUGUUUUGUAGUGAGUACGAUUGUUGUGUUGUGUAGGGGAGGUGUGUUGUGUAUUAGGUGAUGCUGUGUGCUGGAUUAUAUUCUUAUACGUGAGCAGUAAGGGAUAGCUCAUGCCACCACAUAUAACACCCAGCUCCCUGUACAGCCAGGCUGUGUGUAGUAUAUUUCUCACCUGUAGAUCUCAGUUAGAAGGGUCCAGGCUGUGUGUAGUAAGUUGUUCUUGUGUAGAUCUCAGUAAGAAGGGUCCAGGCUGUGUGUAGUAAGUUGUUCUUGUGUAGAUCUCAGUAAGAAGGGUCCAGGCUGUGUGUAGUAAGUUGUUUUUCUUGUGUAGAUCUCUGUUAGAAGGGUCCAGGCUGUGUGUAGUAUCUUUCUCACCUGUAGAUCUCAGUUAGAAGGGUCCAGGCUGUGUGUAGUAUCUUUCUCACCUGUAGAUCUCAGUUAGAAGGGUCCAGGCUGUGUGUAGUAUCUUUCUCACCUGUAGAUCUCAGUUAGAAGGGUCCAGGCUGUGUGUAGUAUCUUUCUCACCUGUAGAUCUCAGUUAGAAGGGUCCAGGCUGUGUGUAGUAUCUUUCUCACCUGUAGAUCUCAGUUAGAAGGGUCCAGGCUGUGUGUAGUAAGUUGUUUUUCUUCUGUAGAUCUCAGUUAGAAGAGAAAAGACUGCUUGCAGUAAUAUACAUUAGAGGGAGUGCUGUGUGUGUGUGUGUGUGUGUUCACACCCUAGGACAGUAUGAUGAGUGUGAGUGCACUGAUCAUUAGCUUCCUGCUCCUCUGUGAGUUCUCUAUGGGUAGGGGGUCGCUUGUUGAUGAUCUCCAGAGCUCUGACACUUCAGAUUUGAUGGCAAGAUCAGUUUGGGCAGAGCAGCUUUCUCUGUCUCUGCUCCCAUCCUACUCCUCCCCCGAUCACCAAAUGGACCCCAAUAUGUGUGUCCAGCUCCUACGUGAAUUUGCCAACAAUAGUGCCGAUCUCAGCAGCUGUUUGGCAGGUAUGGCAUGGCCCGUGCGAGUGUGCCAGUAUUGCUACAAGGAAUACCAACAACUCAAAGCUACAAUGACAAAGAUCACAAGUCCUCUGCAGAACAGCAGCACAUUAAGCUGUGAGACCACAUUGCUUCGCUCUGAUAGGGUUCAAGUCAUUGUUGCACUUAAUAAUUUCUAUGAUGAUUUGUGGACUGAUUCAAAGUGUUCAAACUGCAUAAAUAAGAACAAAACAAAUGUACUGGACAGCACAGCUGCAUUUAUGAAGUUAUUUGACGAGUUGAUGCAUUGUUUCAACAGCACCAAGGGGUCAACAGCCCCAGAUCAACAUGGCAAUUUUUCACAUGUUUGCCAGAUGUGUAAUGUCACCUACAAGAAUCUGAGUGAUCAGUACACUAACUUGGAACAUGGCAAGCACCUGUGUAUCGAUUUAGAAGAUGCUAUGAACAGCACUCGUAAUCUUUGGAGUAGAGUAUUCAAUUGCACGUUGCCCUGCACGGACACUAUUCCAGUGGUUGCAGUUUCAAUAUUCAUCCUAUUCCUGCCUGCUAUUUUCUACUUAAGCACCUACCUUCAUUCUGAUCAAAGGAAGCGUAAGCUGAUAUUGCCAAAGAGGUUAAAAUCAAAUGCCAACUUGGCGCACAUACAGGAUAAAAGUAAUUGAACGACCGUAUGACUAAAAAAAGAAGAAUUGCACUAGAACAAACAGUAUUCCGCUUGGAGUGGACACAUUCUAUGCAAGGAUUUGUGAAGAUUUUCAUCUUGGUGUCACAAGUCUUGUAUAUACCGGUACACAAUGGACCUUUUCAUUGCUAGAAUGUAUGUAUGACUGCAUCUCACUAUAUGUACUGGUACUUUAAACACUCAUUCUCACUGUGGAUUGUGUUUUUUCCUUUAAAACAGAAUUUAUAAAAAAGAAAAAAUUUAGAAAAUGUAAGGAUGUGUGCUUUGUUAAUCUGCUUUUUUAUAAAAAAAAUUGUUAUUCACACUCUGCUCUGUUCUAGAAACAAAUCUAACUGUAGAUGGUUGGAAGAUGCAGCUAGUAUAAGUACAUCAAGUCUGUCUUCAUAUUUGAAUUCCCUGCUCAGGAAGCAGUGUGAAAUGUAUUCUGUUGCACUGUUCAUUGUCAGUAUAACACUGGGUACUUGCUGGCUAGAGGAAAUUUCAGCAUAAUGACCUCAUCAUUGUGGUAAUGCCCCUUCGUUGUCGGGUUAGAUGGCUAUGGUGGGGCACUGACCAAGCUAUAUACCUUAACCUUUGCACAACCUUAAAACACAAACUGAGCCUUUCAGAUUUUUAAUGUUACAUUUUUGCUGUGCAUUUAUAUUGUUUUGUUUUCCAAGUUUCAUAAAUCUUGUGUUUCCUAUGUCAUUCUGGCCUACAUUAAACCAGAUUAUGAGGAUGUUGUAGAUAUAGUGUAAAGUCUUGAAUAGAAUUAAAAAUGUUUUAAUAUACGGUAUAUAUCCAAAUCAAAUGGAAGAGCCUAAUGGAAGCCUCCCUAUUGUUUUUAAUUUAAGUGUUGGAAUCUUACAUUAAAUCAUAAUAGUUUAA